CUCAGUCCAGUAACUUCUGGAAGCCCAGCAACGCGGUUUUUCUUUCUUGGCAGUUCACUGACAGUGUAACUUUACUGUUUGGUGAGCGUGCAUCAUGCCCGCAACAAGUUCGCGCUAUCAUACUGCUCCGGCUCGGGAACGACCGGAGCAUCCCUGGAGCCACGGUGCGCAGCCGCGGCACCACGCGUCGCGGACUCGCACACCGGCGCCACCGGGAUCGCCGACCACCCCGUCGUCAUCGUCCACUGCGGCACGCCGACGCCGCACGAAGGACCCUACCGCUCAUCGGAGUGCUGCCAACGGAACACGCGAAUCGAAUCGUCCCCGCACACCCGGAACGUCCGCACCGAUUUUCUCGGCCGACGAGUUUGAUGAUCCGGACAAAGAACGCCGACCGAAAAAAGUGUCACCCCGCAGUACUAUUCAAUCAGCGUCGCCAGUUUAUGUGCGGUCGAGUUCCAAUCGACGCGUCGCGGUGGCGAUUGCAGAAAGCGUGGAUGACUAUACGAGUCCGUCGGUUGAGGUUUAUACGGAAGACUUGGCGGAUAUAUUGACGGUGGCCACGGUCGACGACGAUGGACUCGGUGACGUGGCUCCCGUGCCUUCGCCCAAGAGACGAGUGUAUGGGAGAGGGCCUAGUAUCCCUUUGGCGAGUACGAGGGACAUACAAAGCUUUGACAAUCGUCCCCUUAUAGACCCUCUGUAUAACGGUGACCCGUCCUACGAUUUCGUGGAGGAUGAUUACAUGGCUUCGUUCCGGACAAUGGAUGAGCAAGACUCUGAUUCCUCAUCCGGCAAUGCCUAUCUUCCCAAGACGCUUCAGCGAGAGCGGACGACGUCCAACAGCAACAGAGACAACUUUCAAACGGUGUGGAACCAAGGAGCAGAAUUGGAACACCGCCAGAGACCACACCAAACUUCCCAGAGGCUUUCGAGAAUUCCACCGCCGCCCCUGGCGACCAACACUGAUUCACGCGCGUCGUUGGCCGCAUCCACCAUUCUCCCUUCUCCGACGAGUGUCCAGUACUCCCUUCUCCUCUGUGAUCCUGCGUACGUACACGCCCAAGCCGCCGGUCUCGUCUGGCAGUCCUUGGUGGGUCAACACAUCCGCUUCCCCAAAUCCUGGUGGAACGGUGCCCGCGCUCCACCUCUCGGAAACUGCCCCGACCAAUCGUGGGUCUACCAAGAUUGCGUGCAGAUUCGUGGCGACCCAAAUUUGAAACGACAAGUUCUAAAUCGCGCUGCUCCCGGUCGAAUGAUUCUCCACAUUGUGGUGCAGGACUUUUUCACUUCCCGAGCACUCCAAGACAUUUGUGUGGGAGCUUUUCAUCCCAACGCUCGCGGUGUCCGUCGCACUGCGCACCCGGACGCCAUGGCCGAGGGCUGUCGGAACGUCUGGUUGGCCGUCCGCAAACGAGAUGACGAGGUUUCGGACCUGGAUACCAUGUUGACCACGCGGGAAGGUGUGGUAUGGGAAUCACCGACCUGUCCAUUGCUGGGUUUUCCCAAACCCAAAAUCACCAAUGCCAAUGUCCGAGCCGUAUUUGGCGAACUGCCACCGGUGGAAACGAUUUUUGUUCCGGAACCGGAAUUGUACGAACGCCUCGCUGAGAUGCCGAACACAUCCGCCGCAAUGGUACUCUUGAAUGAAUUUGUCUUUGCGUAGAAAAACAACAAAACCUUG